UCAAUACAAGUUAAACUCAAAUGCAGCAUUUGUGUCAUAAUGUUAAAAAAAUAAAAUCGUUCCUCCUAUUCUUUAAAAAAAGCAAAAAUCAAGGUUACAAUGAGACACUUACAAUAGAAGUCCAUGGGGCCAAUUUCUGGAGGAUUUAAGUGCAGAAAUGUGAAGCUCAUAAUUUUAUAAAAGCACUUACAUUUAUUCUUCUGUUAAAACUCAUGUAUUAUUUGAGCUUUAAAGUUGUUAAAAUCAUCAUUUUACAGUCACUUAAGGGUUUAAUGUUUGUUGACAUUCAUCGUCAUGGUAACAAAGUUGUAAAAUUGUCUGUAGCUUUACACAGAAAAGGUUAGUAAGAGAUUUGAUCACACUAAAGUCAUGUUAACAUGCUUAUUGUUUAUGUUUUGUGGUUAUAUUUUUGAAACAGUGAGUAUUUGAACGUUUACGAAUUGGCCCCAUUCACUUCCAUUGUAAGUGCCUCACUAGAACCCAUAUUUUAGCUUUUUUAGGAAAAAAAAAAUUGCAAGUUUAAAUAAUAUUUUGUGUAAUCAAUAUAUGCUAUAAAUGCUGUCUACUGAGAUUAACUACCACUCAAACCAGUAUGUCCAUUUAUUUAUUUAUAUAGUAAGCAGAAAGUAAUAAGGAGGAUAAAGUCUGGUUAUUAUUGUAAAAUAAACCCUUUCAGGGUGAAACAAGAUCCCUUGAAGUCAGAGUCCUUGAUCACUCUGAGAGGUUUUUUUUUUUUUUUGCAAUAACGAUCAGGUAACUGUACAUUAUCCUUCCUUACUGAGAACUUUUUAUUUUAAAGUGAUAUAAGUUUUCUAUAUUACUGAUCAAACAGUGCUGCAGUUAGUGGUGUCAUCUAAAUGGUUAUAAAUCUGAGUUUUGAACACCAAUUUUGCAGUCAUUUAAGGUUCUUAACUCACUGCCACAGGGAAAUGUAAUUAGUGAACUGGAACUACUAAACUGCAAAACACUGUUUAUGGGUAGUUUUGUGUCCAGUUCUUCCUAGGGGUAAAAUCUGCAUUAUCUGUCUCUGAUUCUUUGUGCUGUAGGGAUGGUAUCAGGAGGUUCUCUUUCACAGUGGCUGAACUCAGAUAUUUUCAUUGUGUUUGUGGUGGUGCUGUUGCUCCUCUUGCUGGUCAUCUUUGCUGUUUUUUGGCUCAUGAGAAGGCAUCGCUCAAAGAGACCCAUCGAGAAAAUGGCUGAAAUAGAGAUUAUUCCAGUUGAUGGUUCAGACAGGGGGAACCUGCCCAGAUUUACCCUAAAGAUAGUGACUGAGCAGAUGCAUGCAACAGAGCUAGUAGAGAUGUUAACUCGCAGAGGUCAUUCUGUUGAGGUUCCUGAUCACCAUAGCAACCUCUCUGUCUCUGCUGUUAGAGACAUGGAUGACAGUGAAGGAGAAUAUAGAGAUGCAAUAGAGGAUUAAUAAACCAAUAAAACAUCUUUGUGUUGAUU